AUGGCGCCGGCGGGACGGCUGGUUCUGUGUGAAGAGAAGAUCUGGGGGAAGACCGGGCUGGCGCCUCACCGCGGCCUGGCUCAACUUCGGUCAUUAUCUAUUCCUGGAACUUACCAAGAAAAGAUUACUCACCUAGGAAAUUCUUUGAUGAAUUUAAUAGGUCUAAAUUCUCUAGAUCUCUCACGAAACUCCUUGGUUAGUCUAGAGGGCAUGGAGUACCUGGCGGCGCUGCAGCGUCUCAGCGUCUACCACAUCCGCAUCUCCUCGCUGGCGGAGGUCUUCCGGCUCCACUGCUUAACGGAGCUCGCGGAAGUGGACUUCCGGCUGCACCCUGUGGUGGAGAGCAAGUCUGACUACCGCCUCUUCGUGGUGCGCAUGCUCCCACGGCUGCGGCCGCUGGAUGACCGCCCUGUGAGGGAGAGUGAGCGGAGAGCAUCCCGGCUGCAUUUGGCUUCGGAGGAAUCGCUGGACUCAAAGCAGAGCUUCCCAGCCGUUUUCAGAGUCGAAAGGUAUGAACAGGACCAAGUGAGCUGCCCCCUCGGCCAAGAAGUGCUUGUCAUGGACGCGGAUGAUGAGGCGGCCCUGAACCUCAUUGCCGAGUGUGGGUGGGGCUUGAGCAGCCCUCCUGGGAGCACGAGUUCCAGCCAGCAGGAGCAAGAGGCCAGCUUCCCGCGCUCCAAGGUAGAGUCGCGGCACCUAUUGAGUCCUGAGUUAGCACAGCAGCAGCGUGGGGACCCCCGGAGGAAGGGCCCCGAGAAGCGGAGGGGCAGCUCCAGCGGGGCUGGGCGGAGCCGAGGAUGCAGGGCUGCACAGGAAGCGAAGGGUGCGUGGCAGGAUGCUCCGGGCCCCUGCAGACCAGGAGUGUCUGAGCUGCUUGGAGGAGGGCCGGAGCUGGGGCCCUGUUCCCGCUCGGCGGCCUGGGGGCCCGAGCAGCAGAGGCCGCACAGCGUGCGUGAGCUGAGCCAGGUUCUCGCCCAGAGUCGCCCAGAGUCACCCAGAGCGGUUGUGGACGGUGCUUCGUCGCCCUUGUCACUGGCCCAACUGGAGAUGGAGACAUUCUCAAAGUUUGGGGCACGAGUGAAGACCACCCAGCAGACAGUGUGUCCCAAGUUGCACUUGGCCGUGCCGCCCGGGAAGAAGGCCACCCUGGAGGUGGCGCUCCUCGACCUGGUGGGCAGGCACUGUAGUGGCUGCAGCCCCCUGCACGGCAGCGAGGUGUUCCUCGCUCAGGCAAGACACAUUUUGUCAUCUGUCCAAGAGUUUACAGCCACUCAGGACAGUUCAACAACAGUGAGUGAAGAAAUUAGCUCCCUGACUAUGGAAAAUAAGUCUUUGCAGAGUCGCCUUGCUGAGCUACAGCAGCAGUAUAGCGUGAAGAUGAGUGAGGUGGUGUUGGAACUCAGCGACACUCGGAAGGAGAUGGAUCACCUGAGGCAGCAUCUGGGCAGAACUCUGGAGGAAAGCAGUAGCUUGAAGUCUCUUCUGUUCAGCGUGAAAAAAGAAGUGAGAAAUGCCGACGCUCCAUCCACACUGAACUUGCAGAUCACUGGAUUUCAGACAAGUGUGAAGCGGCUCUCCGGGGAGAUUGUGGAACUAAAGCAGCGUCUGGAGCACUACAACAGGAUCCAGGAACUCACCCAGAUGCUGCAGGAGAGCCGUAGGUACCUGGUCAGCACCAACGAGCACCUCCUUCGGGAGCUGGGCCAGGUGCGGGCGCAGCACGAGGCCGAGGUGGAGCCGCGGCACUGGGGCCACAGGGAGCUCAAGAAGCCGCGGCCCUGCGCCCCAGCGCCCGCCCGCGUCCGCGCCCUGAGCGCUCCUCUCUGUGGGUGUCUGUCUUCAGGGCCUGUGGUGCAGCCGGGGGGGGGUCUGGAGUGUCCUAAAAAGACAGGCUCAUCCAAGCCCCUUACAUGUCUUGAGACAAACAGGUCAGUAGUUUUUCAUCAAAUAUCUUGAGACAAAGAAAAUGCUGUAAUUUUCUGCCUAACGUGCAAGAAAGCAGCUCUGUAGGACGGUUAAAGAAAAUAAUGGAUUGUGUGACA